CCUUUGAGUUUUCUCCACCACUAGUGCCCAAUUUAGUUCCUUUUCUCUUCACAACCUGCCAUUCCUCCUUGGCAUUCUCUUUGUGAUUAGCAGCUGUCCUCUCCCAAGUGUUCUUUCCUGUCACUUUUUUGUUCAAUGAAACCUUACAUUCGCUCAGGGAGUGACCUGUUUUCUUGCACUUGGAGCAAAAUGCCUUAAGAUCUUCAUAAAUAACCUCCUGGAAUACAUGCCUGUCUCCAUCCAGAAUGUGGAUCUUUCUUGGAUUCUCUUUGGACAGAUCAAGUUCUACACAAACCCGAGCCAAGCUGAUUUAUGAUGCAAAUGGAUUGGCAAACCAGGGAGUGAAAUCCAGAAGGAUGGCUCCCUUGCUUCCAGAUCUUAUUGACAAGGCUCAAGGGGCCUUUGUUGAAGGAAGAUCCCUUAUUGACAAUGUUUUACUUGCCCAGCAUCUCAUUAGAGACUAUGCCAUGAAGAGGCAGUUAUGCUUGGACUUGGCUUUCCUCUCAAAUUUGUUGGCCUCAUCAUGGAAUGCAUCACCUCAGCUUCAUCCUCUAUCUCUGUUAAUGGGAACACACAUGGGUUCUUUAAGAGCAGGCGUGGCCUUCGGCAGGGUGACCCUAUGGCUCCCACUCUGUUCAUUUUCUGCAUUGAGUACCUGUCCAGAUGACAUUUUAUUUGCUAGAGGUGAUUUCUCUUCUGUUAAGGUUAUGAUGGAUGCCCUAGAUCAUUUCUCCAAGGUGUCUGGACUAUGCCUCAACCCAACCAAAUCUAAUAUUUUUGUUGCUGGAAAGUAUAGGGAUGCUAGUCAGGAUAUCCUCCAAUUGGCUAACUUCCCUAGAGGUGAACUUCCUGUCAGAGACUUCCUGUGGGGCAGCAAGUUUGCUAAAGUGGCAUGGGCUGACAUUUGUAAACCCAGAAAUGAAGGGGGUCUGGGCUUGAGGGAUGCUGAAACCUGGAAUAAUGCUCUUGUGUGUAAAGCCUUAUGGAAAAUUGCUGCGAAAAAGGAUUCACUUUGGGUGAUUUGGGUUCACACUGUUUAUCUGCGCAAUGAAUGUGUGUGGGUAUGGCAGCCCAGGAAGAGACACUCUGUCUUCUUUAAAAGGCUUGCCUAUGUGGAGAGCUUUUGGUACAAAAGCUUGGUGACCAUAACUCCUCCUUGGAAGUGGCUAUGCAACAGUUUUGUAUUGGCGAUAAUCUCUGUUCGAGUAAGGGGGAGACUUCCUACCAAGACCAAUUUGGAAUUCCUUGGUCUUCCUAUGGAGUGUGAGCUUUGUGGAGAUGGAGUCGAGGACAUUAGCCACCUCUUCUUUGGAUGCUGUGUGUCAAAGCAAAUCUGGGGAGCCAUUAGGCAUUGGCUACGGAUUGAUGCCCAACUGACAACCUUGGACAGAGCCAUCAGGUGGUUGAGGACGGCUAGACGAGGAGAUCCUAUCCUGAAGAAGGCACGGAGGAUAGGGUUGGCAUGCACCAUAUUCCUCAUCUGGAAACAGCGUAAUGCCUUCCAUUUUGAGCGCAAGCCUCUUAAUAUUGAUGGUCAGUUCCUUUUCUCGUCACCGUCGGCCGUGUCUGGCCAUAAACGGCGUCGAUUGAGGAAGCAAUUCCCUUCCUCAACCCCGGUAGACGAGGGCUCGAGGGUUGGAUUGGACAAAAAUAUCAUGGCGCUGUGCCAUUGCCAGAUUACUGACCGGGGGUUCGCCGAUGCUACUGACAUGGUCGGACCUUCCAUUGAAGUCAUGAAACCUACCAGCACCCAAACCGCCCUGGACGCCCCUUCUGGGUUCUUUACGGUCCAUCUGGCGUCUUUGAAGAAGGGGCUGCGCUUCCCACUCCACCCGCUUUUGAUCGAAUUCCUCAAUGUGGUGGACCUUCUUCCGUGUCAGUUGGUCCCCAACUCUCACCGGUACAUCUCCGGUUAUUUGGUCCGGUGCAAGGCUGUAGGGGUGAAACCGACUUUGGACCAUUUCCUAUUCACCUUUAAGCUGACCAAGGGCCAUAAGGAUUGGGCGUCCUAUGCCAGCCUUUCCCAGAGGUCCAGUAAGCUCUUUGUUAGCGACAAGAAGGGGUCGACCAAAGACUGGAAACCCUACUUCGUCUUUGUCUCGACGGGGCCCGAAUCUCCUUUCACAGGUUCAGGGCGCCCUUCCUUCCGCCGCAUCCCAUGCCCCCCAUCUGAUGCCACCCUUUUGUCAAUUACUCGCCAACUUUGCAACAAGGGAGUUAUGAACAUCAAAGAGGUGGUGACAGAGGAAACCCUUGCCGGGUUGGGGUUUGAGUUUGUUCAGGAUGAGCUUCGCCACCAACCUGACCUACUGAGGGACAUUCCUGGGGGGCAUCAGCCCGUCCAGCUGAAGGACAUUCCUGAGGAAGGUCUUGACUGUGGUCCAAUUGUGGAAUUACAAGAUUCAAGAGAAGAGAUGGACGGCGAUCUCCUGCUCAGUCGCUUCACUGCAGGGAGGAAGAGGAAGAGAGAGACGAAAGGCCAGGGCAAACGCUCUUCGUCCCACCAAGGGGAGGGUCCCUCCCAAGAGCCGGCUGUAAUUGUAGUGGAGGACCAGGAUGAUGCUACCCUGGAAACGGGCAUUGCCUCGGAGCGACCUCCUUCGCCUCCCGCAGUGACCUACGAGGUGGCGACCGGGGGUCGCUCGACGAGGCUUUGCAUUCCUCCUCUGCCCCAAAGCCUAGGGGACGUGCAACUGGAAACCCUGAUCACUUUGCCCGCGAAGGAUCAAGCUCGCAUCUCGGCCGGUUCUAAGGACGACCUUGAUAACAUGGUCCUUUUGAGGCUAAGCCAGGCCACGCUGGGGAUGAUUGAGGUGGUUGGCAGGAGACGGGGUCGCCAGGCCGCCGCAGACGAGGCGAUGAAAGCAGCCGAGGCCAAGCAGAAGGAGCUGCAGGAAGAGGUCGCCCGACUCAAAAGGGAGUUGGAGGAGAAAGAGAAUCGCUGCGCGACGCUUGCUGUGGAGAAAACUUCCCAGGAGAACCGUUGUGCCGCCCUUGAAGCAGACAAGGCCUCCUUGUCCUUGGAGAUAGAAUCUGUUUCUGCCCGCGUGCUCGAGCUGGAGGGGGAGAAAACUGAUCUGAUCCAGCAGUUGGAAGUGGAGAGGAGCGACCGGGUCCGUCAUGCUGAGGAAACGGUAGAAUCCUUCAAGUCAUCUCCCGACUUCACGGUGGUCGCGAUGGAGCGGAUGGAAGAGCUAACGGCUGCUUGGCUCGAAACUGAACCUGGGGCUCAAUGGAUGGUCAAGGAGGGCACCAAGUCCUUUAAUUGUGGACUCUUCCGCGCCCAGCAGAUCUUCCAUGACAGACUGGCUCAGCUCCCCAAAGGAUUCUCUCUCCCCGACCUCGGCUUUCCCCCUCCUUGCCGCUCCUUGGCCGAGUUCGACCCCCGCCCUUAUUUGGACGAAGGGAGCUCAAGCGCGUCUGAAGAGGAGGAAGAAGGAGGAGAAGAAGACGGCCCAGGCGAUCAAAAUCCGGGGGCUAGCUUAGCCACAUCCAAGGCGGGAAUUCCUGUAUCUUUGAAUCUUUCUGACGGGCCAGCUCCUUCUUCGCCGGAGCCUGCCUCCUCCCCCAAAUCAGUCAAUUCCAAUGACUGGGGAGGGCUGGACCCUUACGAAUUCUGCCGCCGAUUGCCUCGCCGGCAGUGGCCAUCGGUGAAACCGCUGCCACUACCACCAAACCCUUAUGAUGACUCCAGUGAAGCAUACAAGGCCCUCUCCGCCAACCGCCUACCUGACGGAAGGAUCGACUGGGACGCUCCAUGCCCCCUCCAUUCCCUGCAAUGCAUGGCCUGGGAGAGCUUUCAGGAUGAACACUUACCCCUCCUGGAGCAUGAGUGCGCGUACUACGCCAGUCUUGAACAAUGGACUAGCGAAAGUCGCACCAACUCGCCGGUGAGGCCUAAGGAGGAGGUUGUGUUGGGGGAAGAACUGGGUUCCAGCCCACCUCGCCCCACCGACCGCUCAACUCCCCGGAAAACCCGUAGGCGACCUGGAGUAGCUCGGUUGGCUUCAGGAUCUCCAUCCUCAUCUAGGUGAUGCUGGUUGGGGUUCUGAAAGAAGUGAACCACCCUCCGUCCUUCCUUGGUAUUUGAAGGACGAUGGGUUUUUGCCAAGGCUGGGGGGCGACCGAUCCUGUUCCGCGUGAUCGGAGUUCCGCCGGCCUAUGCAGCUGCAGAACUACCCUUCAAACCUGCCUGUCCCCCCUAGGCCUUUUGCUCGCAAAGUUUUAGAUUGUUCUUUUUUACUGUAGGAAAAGUAUGGAAAAGUAUCCCUCCUUUUGAAGAUAUAGAGACUGUUUUCAAUUGUAUUGUGGUGGAUGCAAGAGAUUAUCCUUGAAAUGUAAUGAACAUUUUCAUGAAUG